AUGGCUCCACCAGCAUUGUCAAACUUGCCACUUUUCGCGGAGACAAUGCACCCAUCGAUCUCGACCGAACCCUACAAAAGCGGAGACCCAGCUCUGGCUUACGUUGACGAAGAGGCCGAAACAGCGCCGAGGUUUGAUAACAAGUAUGAGGAGCGCAAAUAUCUCAAACACCGGCUUGCGAUCGCGUUCCGUAUAUUUGCUCAAUUUGGGCUCUCGGAAGGUGUUGCGGGCCACAUUACCCUCAGGGACCCUGUUGAACCUUCAAGUUUCUGGGUGAACCCAUUUGGCUUGCAUUUUUCGCUUAUACGGGACGCAGACCUUAUUCGAGUUGACCAUAACGGGAAAGUGAUCGAGGGAGGUCAGAACCGGCGUCUUAACUAUGCUGCGUAUGCUAUACAUGCCGAAAUACACAAGGCGCGGCCGGAUGUCCUUUGCGCCGCACAUUCGCACAGCACUUAUGGGCGAGCCAUGGCCGCAACAGGACGGACGCUCUCCAUGCUAACACAGGACUUUUGCGUCUUCUGGGAUGAUCAUGUACGAUACGAAAAUUUUGCAGGCCUUGUCUUAGCCCCCGAGGAAGGCCAGGCCAUUGCCAGAGUCCUGGGCAAUAAAAAAGCUGCGAUUCUAGGAAACCACGGUAUCCUGACUGUCGGGCCUACUAUUGAAGCUACCGUUGCGUGGUUUGUGCUCUUUGAGCGAUGCUGCCAGAUUCAGCUCCUGGCAGACGCGAGUUCGACCGGAACCGGUAUACAGCUGACAACAAUCGGCGAGGAUGAGGCUCGUCGCUGA